AUGUUGAGCGCUCUCGGGGCCGUACUCACCGACAGCACGGGAUGCCGUCUGUCGUUCGGAGGUCUGGGUCUUGCAGUAAUCGAGAAGGUCGAUAUGCGCGAGAUGCGUCCGCUUCCGGCACAUGGUGUCGAGGUCCUCACAGACACGACAGCAACCCUGUUCGGCCCUACAGGCGCCGCUUCGGUAUUCGGGCCGCAGAAAGGCGCAUCACCGGCGAUGGUCGCGUCGUUGGAUGCUGCGUUGGCACGCUUUGCCGAUCGCGUGGGCCGCAUCGACCCUUCGGUCCCUGGAACAGGGGCGGCGGGUGGAACCGGAUUCGGUUUGCUCGCGUGGGGCGCCUCGCUCGUUUCCGGCGCGGAGGCGGUGGCCGACUUGACUGGUCUGUCGGAGGCGAUCACCCGCAUGGAUGUCGUGAUCACCGGUGAGGGACGCUAUGACGAAACCUCGUCGGCUGGCAAGCUCGUCGGCUCGAUGCUGAAUCGUUGCCGGAAGCACGAUGUGCGCUCGGUUGUCAUCGCCGGCCAACUU